AAGUGAAAGCAUGCUUGUUACGCAGAGCACAUCCAGUAACAGGGAUUAGUCUGACCCAUGGAGGGUUAAAUUUUCAGUUGUGGUUUUAUCUCAGCCUCGAGGUCGGUUCACUGGAACAAUGAUUAACUGAAAGCUGCAGAUAGGUUAAAGAGCAUCCCCAGAGCAGAGGAUUCACUCAGUCUGACUGCAGAGAAAAAGGAAGCUCCACUACAAAUCAGCUGAUCCGACUCUCAGCGGCCUCCCAUUCGCACAGCAAUGGACCAGUUCAUCGGCUCAACCCCGAGAGAAACUCUGGAGCGAGUUUCAUCGUCGCUGGGCUGCAGUCCGACCUCUGCAGAGGUGGCUUCAUAUCUGGACAAACAUGACAAACUGAGACACCUCAGAGAGAACUUCCUGGUGCCCACAAUAGCAGAUUUGCCUCCUUCUGAUCUCUCCCUGGUUGAUGGCAGCAAGGAUUGCAUCUACCUGGUGGGGAACUCUCUGGGGCUUCAGCCCAAAAUGGCCAGAAAAUAUCUGGAAGAGGAGCUGGAUAAAUGGUCGAAAAUGGGUGUUCACGGCCACACAUUGGGCUCUCGACCUUGGGGGUGGGCUGAAAACAACAUAGAGGAACUCAUGGCUAAUGUUGUUGGAGCUAAAACUGAAGAAGUGGCACUGAUGAACGGCCUGACAGUUAAUUUACACCUUCUACUGCUUUCCUUCUACAAACCCACAGCAGCUCGGCACAAAAUCCUUCUAGAAGACAAAGCCUUUCCCUCCGACCAUUACGCGGUCGAGUCUCAGAUCAGGCUGCGGGGAUUCGACCCUCAGCAGAGCAUGCUGCUGCUGUCGCCCAGACCGGGAGAAGAGACUCUGAGAACAGAGGACAUCCUGGAGGUGAUCGAGAGGGAGGGCCACUCCAUCGCUGUGGUGAUGUUCAGUGGAGUGCAGUAUUACACCGGCCAGCUGUUCAACAUGGCCGCCAUCACUGAGGCCGGUCAGAGAAAGGGCUGCUACGUCGGGUUCGACUGCGCCCACGCUGCAGGAAACGCUGAGUUAAAGUUACACGACUGGGGAGUGGACUUUGCCUGCUGGUGCUCCUACAAGUAUCUAAAUUCAGGUGCCGGCGGUCUAGCCGGAGCGUUCGUCCACGAGAAACAUAAAGACUCCGUCAGACCGGCGCUGUUGGGAUGGUGGGGACAUGACCUGAAAACUCGGUUCCAGAUGAAUAACGUGUUGGAGCUGCAGCCUGGGGUGAGCGGCUUCAGACUGUCCAACCAGCCCAUCCUGCUGGUCUGCCCCCUGCAGGCCAGUUUAGAGGUAUUCAGCAUGACCAGUAUGCAGGCAUUGCGCAGGAAGUCCCUCCUGCUGACAGGUUACCUGGAGUAUCUGAUCCGGCAUUACUACACCGAAGACCCCGCCCAGCCCCGCAAACCUCACGUCCGAGUCAUCACGCCAUCUGACCCUCAGCAGAGAGGCUGCCAGCUCUCGCUCUCCUUUUCUGUCCCCAUCAGGAAGGUCUUCCAGGAGCUGGAGAAGAGGGGAGUCGCUUGCGACAUGAGGGAGCCCAGCGUGCUGCGAAUCGCUCCGGUGCCGCUCUACAACACCUUCAGCGACGUUCACCGCUUCAUAGAAACUCUGGGAUCAGCUCUCGCCGCCAGCAGCAACAAAUGAAUGAAAAGCGGACUGAAAUUUACUCUGACAGCUGCACACUCAUAAAG